AUUCUUCUUAAACCCUUAAUUCUUCCGCACUCAGCAGCCGUGCGAUCUCUCUCUCUCCCUCAAAUUCCAAAGUCCAAACUGAAACCCUAGCUCUCUUUCUCGUCUGUAUCUUCUGCUUUCUUUAUCUCGCCCAAACCGUAUCUUCUGUUCUCUCCCUCGCCCAUACGGAAACCCUAGCCUUCAGAGUUUCCACCGUCCUCUCUCUCUCUCUCUCUCAGAAACUCUACAAUCAGCCGCCAUGGCCGAACAAGCCGAGCAAAACCAAGCGGAGCCCUUUGACGAAAUGAAGAAAGAGAAGCGCAAGAGAAAGAGGCCUAAGAAAGGGAAAGAGGCACCUCAAGAAGCUGAGGAGAAUAAGACGAAGAAGAAGCAAGAGAAGAGGGAGGAGUUGAAAAAAGAGGAGGAUGGCGUGGAACAGAUAAAUUAUGGUGGGGUAGAUGGUGAGGAGCUGAAGGAAGAGGAGGAGAAGAAGGUGAGCAGUAGUCGUAGAGGGUCUGGGAUUAUGAGUGACGAAUCCUUUGAAUCUUUGGGACUGUCUGAGCCCACUUUCAAUGCUGUUAAGGAUAUGAGAUUUCAGCAUAUGACUCAGAUUCAAGCCAGAGCAAUUCCACCACUUUUGCUAGGGAAAGAUGUUCUUGGAGCUGCAAGGACAGGUUCUGGCAAAACCCUUGCUUUUCUAAUACCAGCUGUCGAGUUGUUAUAUCACAUACAUUUUACUCCUCGUAAUGGAACUGGAGUUAUUGUUAUUUGUCCAACAAGAGAGCUUGCAAUACAGACCCAUGCUGUGGCCAAAGACCUUCUCAAGUACCACUCGCAGACUCUCGGUUUGGUUAUUGGUGGUUCAGCUAGAAGAGGAGAAGCAGAACGCAUUGUGAAAGGAGUGAAUUUAUUAGUAGCUACCCCUGGUCGACUUCUUGACCAUCUUCAAAAUACCAAGGGAUUCAUAUUUAAAAACUUGAAGUGCCUAAUCAUCGAUGAAGCUGACAGGAUACUGGAAGCAAACUUUGAGGAAGAAAUGAAGCAGAUUAUUAAGCUUCUACCAAAGAAUAGGCAAACAGCUUUAUUUUCAGCCACCCAAACUAAGAAGGUUGAGGAUCUUGCACGGUUGUCAUUUCAGACAACCCCUGUGUUUAUUGAUGUGGAUGAUGGGAGGGCUAAGGUUACCAAUGAAGGGCUGCAGCAAGGCUACUGUGUUGUGUCCAGUGCCAAAAGAUUUAUUCUUUUGUAUUCAUUCUUGAAGAGGAAUCUGUCAAAAAAAGUGAUGGUCUUCUUCUCUUCAUGUAAUUCAGUCAAAUUCCAUUCUGAACUUCUGAGAUACAUUCAGCUCGAUUGCCUCGAUAUUCAUGGAAAGCAGAAGCAGCUGAAACGAACAACUACAUUUUUCAACUUCUGCAAAGCAGAAAAGGGAAUCUUGCUAUGUACUGAUGUUGCUGCACGUGGGCUUGAUAUUCCUGAUGUGGACUGGAUUGUGCAGUAUGAUCCUCCGGAUGAACCCAAGGAAUAUAUUCAUAGGGUUGGUCGAACUGCUCGUGGUGAAGGUGCAAAAGGAAAUGCCCUUCUUUUCUUGAUACCUGAAGAGUUGCAGUUCCUUCGCUAUCUGAAGGCAGCAAAAGUCCCUGUUAAAGAGUAUGAAUUUGAUCAAAAGAAGCUGUCUAAUGUGCAGUCUCACCUGGAAAAGUUGGUGGCCAACAACUAUUACUUGAACAAGUCGGCUAAAGAUGCAUACCGGUCCUACUUAUUGGCAUAUAAUUCUCACUCUAUGAAAGACAUCUUUGACGUUCAUCGCCUUGAUCUGCAGGCUGUUGCUGGUUCUUUCUGUUUUUCAAACCCACCGAAGGUAAUUCUGAACAUAGAUAGUGGUGCCUCAAAGUUCAGAAGGAAAGUGCGGAAAGUCGAGGGAGGCCGACAUGGUUUCAGUGAGAGCAGCCCUUAUGGAAGGCAGGGAGGUGGAGAUGAUAUACGACAAUUUGUAAGGUAUUAGCCAGGACAGGGUUGGCAAACCAAUGUGCCCCAUAAGCUAUGAAGUCAAGCUCCAAAUAUAAAUUCUUUGAGCUGUGAUUGAACUGAAAAUUCAAAGUUUUCAUCCAGCAGGAAUCGAGCAUAUGAAUUUCAAUUUGUAUCUUAUUAAGUCGAUACAAAACAACUCAGCUGAGUGAACCAGAUUUUGAUCUAUUCUUUGUAUUAACUUUAAUGGUUGACCAUUAUGCUGGUGGCGAGGAUAACUUGUAUUAAAACUGUUGGGUCUUUCAGCCAUGGAUGCAGAAAGACUCGGCCGAGUCUACUUUAGUUUUGGUAGAGGGUUUUAUUUAUAAAUUUUCUUUGUAAUUUUAGUGGGAUUCAUUUCAGCUUUUGUAGUGUAGCUAAUGAUGCUUUGAAACAACAA